CAGAUUUCCCUCAUCGUCUUCAUCAUCAGUCUUCGCCUUGCCCAGUGCUCAACUCUUGUCUUUCUCUGGAUCCGCAGUUUGGAAAUGCAUUCUUCAGCCAUCUCGAGACUAACCAACCUCCACCGCCACCUGCAGCCCGCCGACUCUAAGCUUCCCGAGAGUGACGAUGCCAGUGGACUGAUGAAGAUAUCUCCGGAGGUGGCUGAGGCUUUGUCGAGUGGGAAACCAGUUGUUGCCCUGGAGUCCACCGUCAUUUCUCACGGAAUGCCUUAUCCUCAGAAUCUCGAGACUGCUAAGCAGUUGGAGGCAAUUGUCAGGGUAAAUGGAGCUAUUCCUGCAACAAUAGCCAUCUUAGAUGGUGUACCAUGCAUAGGCCUGAGCUUGGAAGACCUACAAAAGCUUGCUAAUCUUGGAAGUAGAGCUCAAAAGACGGCUCGUAGGGAUAUUGCGCAUGUGGUGUCUAUUAGAGGAAAUGGUGCGACAACAGUUUCUGCUACCAUGUUUUUCGCAUCCAAGGUUGGCAUUCCUAUUUUCGUUACUGGAGGAAUUGGAGGAGUGCAUCGACAUGGCGAGAAUACACUGGACACUUCAUCUGACCUUACAGAGCUUGGAAGGACUCCAGUAGCAGUUGUCUCUGCUGGUGUAAAAUCUAUUCUGGACAUUCCUAGGACCCUUGAAUACUUGGAAACCCAGGGUGUUUGUGUUGCUACAUAUGCUACUAAUGAGUUUCCAGCUUUCUUCACAGAGAGGAGUGGUUGCCGGGUGCCUUGUCGUGUAGACACACCCGAAGAUUGUGCUCGACUUAUAGAUGCUAAUAUGAAGCUCCGGCUAGGAAGUGGAAUCCUUUUUGCCGUACCGAUUCCCAAAGAACACUCAGCUUCUGGUCAAUUAAUUGAGGAUGCGAUCGAGAGAGCCAUUGGAGAAGCUAGGGCUAAGAAUAUAACGGGAAAUGCGGAAACCCCGUUCCUGCUAUCUAGAGUCAAUGAACUUACAGGAGGCACCUCGCUCGCGUCCAAUAUUGCGUUAUUAAAGAACAAUGCUCAAGUUGGGGCUAAGAUUGCAGCAGCCCUUGCUCAACUCAGAGGACAUCAAAAUAGUGGUGAGUAAUGCGAAAGCAUAUCACUGUCCGGUAACCAUUGGUAGCAUUUGACAGAGGAAAGAAAAAUAGAAUGAAUUCAGCACAAGGACUCACAGUCUGUCCAUCUGAUCGAAGAUACUUAGAAUCCUGCAAUUAAAUGUUGCAAGAUACAAAGAAUCAUGGUUCAAUUUGAUUCAUGGAUGUUGGCAAAUUGUCUAUAUGGUUCAUUAUGGACUAUGGAGAAGGACGGAAGGUGUAAGACAUAAUCAGGCUGCCUGAACUGAUUCGGUACA